GUGUCUUACAGGUACCCUACUCCAACUUAGGCCAUUCUCGGUGACGCUUACACCUGAAUUCGUGCGUAAGAGGAUAGCCCUCUCCCAGGCCCCGUUUUCCGCGUUUUUUAAUUAUUUAUUUCCGUGUAAACUGCAGUCUUGAUAUAAAAACAUUGAUGGUCGAUAAUUUAGCCCUGCGUUGAGGGCCCCGGGGAGAAGCGCACAGGAUUAUAAAGUCACCUCACACCUCCGUCUCCAUCCAGCGACAUGGCUCGACCACGGCCGCGGGAAUACAAGGCAGGAGAUUUGGUUUUCGCUAAGAUGAAGGGAUACCCGCACUGGCCGGCGAGGAUUGAUGAGCUUCCAGAGGGAGCUGUCAAACCGCCUGCCAACAAGUACCCUAUCUUCUUCUUUGGGACCCAUGAAACCGCAUUCUUGGGCCCGAAGGAUCUUCUGCCCUACAAGGAGUAUAAAGACAAAUUUGGCAAGUCCAACAAGAGGAAAGGCUUCAACGAGGGCCUGUGGGAGAUCGAGAACAACCCCGGAGUCAAGUUCACAGGCUAUCAGGCCAUCCAGCAACAGAGCUCAUCAGAAACAGAAGAGGGGGGAAAUGCUGCUGAUGGCAGCAGUGAGGGCGAGGAGGGCGACUCUGUGGAGGAGGAAGAUGACAAGGAGAAGCUGAAGGGAGACAAGACCGGAUCCAAACGGAAAAAGACGGCCACCUCUAAGCAGAAAUCCUCCAAGCUGUCGAGGAUCUCAUCUGGAGAAGAUGACCUGGAGAAGGAUGGGAAAGAUGACGACCAGAAGAGCGGCUCAGAGGGAGGAGACGCCGACAACGACAUCAUCCAAAACACCACUGACAGUAAGAACCAGCUGCUCAUAGAGGAACAUUAAGAGAAGAAAGCAAGAAGGGGAAAUCAUUCUUUGUAGCUGUGAUGUUGGAUAAGUGAAUCUACAACAUGAUUUCUCAUCAGCACCAUCUACUGGCUGCCAUUGUCACCUCCACCUCUCUGUUGGACUCUCAGUGUGUGUUUGUAUGAAAGAUGCACCCAUACUGAUACUGGUAUCGGUCGUCACGUGGACGCCAGGAUUUAACUGGGCAUUAUGUCAUGCAGUUUUUUUUUCUGCGCUUAAAUAUAACCCCAAGGGCCAUUUUAGAAAUCAAAACCUUUGUCACGUUGAAUUCUCGAAAAUAGAUUAAGAUUUUUAACUGCUUUUAUCCGGUGACUCUGAACGAUUCAUAUUUUUAACUCAACCUGAAGUGUAGGAUAUUUAAAGGGGCAUUAGGUACUUCACUUUUAUCAUCUUCUUUUGGCAACAAUUGAGAAGUUGUCUUAACAUUAACUGUUUUAAACUGAACCUUUUCUGUACUCGGCUCAGACUAAAGCCCAACCAGAAUGAAAAUGUUGAAAUUAUAAGGUAUGCUCCUUUCAUAACUUGAUAAGUGACAUUUAUUUGUUACAUAAUCGGUGGGUGGUGUAGGUGGCUCCCUUUUAUCCCUUUUAAUAACUGCAGGAGUCGAACUAAAUCCGUUGCUUCACUGAAAACACAGCAGUGAAAUGUCCAUCUGUUCUGGUUGAACAUGUCAGAACACUUAUGUCUGAUUAUCUUAAUUACUAUCCACUAACUCAGUCAAAUAAUCUUAACUCAAGGUCUGCUUACCAGCUUUUUCCAUAACUAUCUACUCCAUCUCACAGUCUUCAGUAAUUGGAGUUGUUGUCACACAGGAAUAGAUGGAAUAUGUUGAAAGAAGUCAUUAAUUGGAUAAUUUCAUACAAUAGGGAGAACAGCACCUGCUGCCAAGUUACAAAGAAAAAUCCCAAUUAGACAAUAAUAAGAAAAACGCAAGUGAAGUCAAGUGAAGUCGUAAUAUAUCAGCUGGCUAAAUGCUACAAUAAUAGUGUUUUGGCUUGAGACAGUGACUGUUCGGUGGCUGAAAUAUAUUUGAAUGUACAUAUCGAUAUUGAGCUGGCAGAAAGACUACUGUACUGUGUCAUACAGGCUGUUCUCAUGCACUGUUCAUAUGUGUACCCACGAUAAGUAAUGCACUAGAGUUCGUAAAUAACUCAAAUAAUCAAGAGCCAGUAAUUCGUCCAUAACCCACGUAAUUGGGAAGGCUGCAAUCAUGUGACCAAUGCGCUGACGGGAGUAAAGAAGGAAGUAGUAUGAAGAGCAGAGGUCUGCGUAAGGAUGCAGGUUGAGGUGAUAGACGGGUCAAACAAACACAUGACUUUCACCGAGGAGACCGCUAUUUGUGUUGAAAGCAACUGAACUUUGAGUUAUUUCAAGGUACGUUGAAACUUUACGUUAAGUAUGUAACGUGAUGAUGCCCAAUCAUGAUUCUUUUCCUUAACCUAACUAACAUACCUUUACUUUUCCAAACUCAACAUAUGUAACUUUACGUUAAAUACAUAACUAUUAAAGCACAUAAUGUGACAACGCCCAUCCAUGUUUGUUUUCCUUAACCUAAUCUACGUACUUUACUUUUCUAAUCUCACCCUACGUAACUUUACAUUCCUAAACCUAAUUUAUGUAACUUUACAGUAAGUACGUAACUUUAAGUUAAGUAUGUAACAUGACGAUGUCCAACUGUGGUUCUUUUCCUAAACCUAACCUAAAUAGCAUUACGUCAAGUACAUGACUAUAUGUUAUGUACGGAACGUGACGAUGCUCAACCAUGAUUCUUUUCCUUAACCUUACAAAUAGGGGCACUAAUUCAUGAGGCGCUAAUUCGUUAGAUAUCAUCUGAGCUGUUGUAUGAGGAUACAUUGUGUUAUAACGCAGAUCCUUUAGGCUUAUGUUGUGUUCACACCAAAUGCGAUCUCGUGAAUAAGCGUAUGACAUGAAAUCACGCUACUCGCUACACGCCGCUUCAUUUGCGUAUUUCACAAGGCAUCCAUCGUGCCGCCCAGUGGGAAUUUGCAUCUAAUCACAUCUUUACAUCGACUGUACAUGUAAUUCACUCGCACAAAUUGUUUUAUUCGUGCCUGGUGUGAACACAACAUUAGGCUCAUACUAUGGUGGUUAAUAUAUAAAUACAGUUUCUAAAAAAGGGAAUGUCAUAUAAAUAACUAAAACUGUAAUGGAAAAUAGCACAAGUACCAGAGCGUUAAUGUUUUAAGUUAACAUAAAACUAACUACAGUUAAAUUUCUAAGCUCCAGAACUGACAAACAGGAUGUGUACAAGAACCUUUUUUGCAGGUCACCCACCAGUCACCCGACCCAAUGCAGGACUCAGUAGUUUUUAUCCACCUCCCUGUCACUUUCUUUAAAUAUAUAUCACAGUAAAUUACUUACUGCCUCUUUAAUUAUUGUUAAAAAGUGACUUAUAUGUGCUCAGAGGGCCGUUUUUACAAUAGUUUGUGAAAUCCGUCACAAUAAAACUACAGUAUCGGUGCAUCUUUACUCUGUACGUGACAUGAUGUAACACGGUCAUGUCACUACGUGUCACAUUUCGGCCAUAUGAAACAGCGGGUUGGAGUGGCUUGUGUUCUUCCCAGUACUCCCAUCGUCACACAUAGUGUAGAUAGCCAUCAAUCAGUAUUUAUACUGGCCCGUGCAUACCUAUCUGUGUCGUAUCACCCAUGAUCACCUGUCACUGUGUACAAAUGCAUUUGAUAAGACCUCCAUAUAUAUAUAUACUCUCCUACCAUCUAUGAUAUAUGUUGGGUAUUGCAGUGUACUGAUCACUCUAGUUGUAGCUUGAAAUAGCUUUUUUACCAGGAUAAUUACGGGAGGGACUUAACGGAAUAUUCGGUAACUGUCAGACAUUAUCCAUCACCAUAUAUGUUACUCUUUUAUGUAACCAGAAAAAGACGAAUGGAAAUACAUAGAUAAAUGUAUGAAGUGUUGUGCACAACUGGGUUACACAUUGUAACUCGAAAUGAACUAUAUCUGUAUAUUUUACUUUUGUUGUAGAAUAUAGGACCACUAUUCUACUCGGACUGCUCUAGGUAACAGCUCAUCUUUUUAUGGACAAGUGAUACAUCUGUUCUUCUGUGUAUCUGUGAAAUAGAUCACUGUAUAUUUCAAAGCUUUUUAUAGUGGCAUGCUCUACUGUUGUACUCCACAUCAUUCUUAUAUGAACGUGUCUGUUGAGUCUUAGUUUAAAAUCAGAUAUCUGUUGGUAUGCGACGGACUCGGAGGAAAAAUAAAACACAAUCCACUUUUUUGUUCUGUUGCCUCAUCUGAACGUCUGAAUCUGACAGUAAACUAAACUCCUUUAACUUUCUGAGGAACCUGAGAGCUGUAAAAUGGUUUUCAUCUGAGACAUUGUGAACAACAUAAGGUGUGAUGAUGCAUUUAUCAUUGUUCCUGUGAGAGUUAUCUUAGACUGACACCAGACUACUCUACUGUCUUUUAACUCUGUGCCAGUUGCCUUUACUUUGCUUCCGCUGUUGUUGUCUUGAGAUAUAGACCUAUUUAUUUUUUGAUGAUAGCUGAGUGAGACACCUUCUGUAUGUAAACUCAUGCUUUGUUUUUAUUUCCUUCAGAUCUUUGUUAUGCUCGUAUUUGGAACAUGUUUUGCAUUUUCAAGGUUUGUAAUUUACUGUAAACUGUUUUUGCUGUUUAUGGACGAGACUUUUACAAAAUAAACUCAUUGGAAUGCAUCAUGAGGAU